CCGCGGGGGCGGGGCCUGGGCGGGGCCGAGCGGACGAGGGCGCCCCCCAGCGGACGGAGCGUGAGGGCCGCGUUGGACGCCUCGUGUCAGGAUGGGCUUGGACGCAGCCUACAAACAGCUGGACCCUCUGGAGCAGCGUGAGGCGCCGACGCCCAAGCGCCCCCGCGGUGCCGCGCUCUUCGCCAUCCUCUCCAUCCUCUUCCUCCUCACCUUCCUCGUCCUCAUCCACCUGCGGCUCCGCGGCGACGCCGGCGGCACCGACGGCACCGACGGCGCCUGCGAGGAGUCCUGCAGGAUCGUGCUGGUGGAGAGCAUCCCGGAAGGGAUGACCUUGCCUGGAACGCCCAACCCCUCCACCUUCGACGCAUGGCUGGAGCUGCUGGGCGCGGCCACCCGCAGCGUGGACAUCGCCUCCUUCUACUGGACCCUGACCAACGAGGACACGCGGACGCACGAACCGAGCGCGGCGCAGGGCGAGCGGAUCCUGGCGGAGCUGCUGGAGCUGCCCCGGCGCGGCGUGGCCGUGCGCGUGGCGGUCAGCGCGCCCUCGGCCAAGGCGCCGCUGGACGAUCUGCUGGCUCUGGAGCGUAGCGGUGCGGCCGUGCGCGCCGUGGAUUUCCCGCGUCUCACCGGCGGAAUCCUGCACACCAAGUUCUGGUUGGUGGACGGCGUCCAUCUCUACAUAGGGAGCGCCAACAUGGACUGGAGGGCCUUGACUCAGGUGAAGGAGCUCGGCGCCGCCAUCUACAACUGCAGCUGCUUGGCCAAAGACUUGGCCAAAAUCUUCGAGGCCUACUGGUCACUGGGCGUUCCCGACGCGUCCAUCCCGGCGCCGUGGCCGGACAACUUCUCCACCGCCAUCAACGUGGACACCCCCAUGGAGCUGACGCUCAACGACACCGCGGCCGCCGUUUACUUCUCGAGCUCCCCGCCGCCGCUCUGCGCCGCCGGCCGCACCCCGGACCUGGCGGCGCUGCUGGCGACCAUCGACGGCGCGCGGGAGUUCGUGGACGUGGCGGUGAUGAGUUACCUGGCCAGCACCGAGUUCUCGCGGCCGGAGCGGUUCUGGCCGGCCAUCGACGACCGGCUGCGGCGCGCCGCGGUGGAGCGCGGGGUGCGCGUGCGCCUGCUGGCCGGCUGCUGGCGCCACAGCCGCGCCGCCAUGUUCCCCUUCCUGCGCUCGCUCGACGCCGUCGGCGACAACCGGACGGGAUACGACGUGGAGGUGCGGCUGUUCCUGGUGCCCUCCAGCCCCUCCCAGAGCCGCCUCCCCUUCGCCCGCGUCAGCCACAGCAAGUUCAUGGUGACCGACCAGGCGGCCUACGUGGGCACCUCGAACUGGUCCGGGGAUUACUUCGAGCGCACGGCCGGGGCCGCGCUGGUUCUCACCCAGCCCGGGGCCGAUUCUGGAACCUUCCGGGAGCGGCUCCGGGAACUUUUCCAGCGGGACUGGAACUCCCGGUACAGCGUGGACAUCGGGGACACCCCGAGCUGGGAAAAACGGUGUGGAUAAAAGGGAAUAAAAAUGGGAAUUUGGGAUUUGGGGGGAAUAAAAACUGAAAUUUGGGAUUUGGGGGGAUAAAAACGGGAAUGACAUCGGGGACAG